AUGUAUAAUUCUGUGCGAAUAUUAGUCGGCCCAAAGGAAGUUAAUUUUUCAAGUAUAUAUGCCAACUUGAACUCUAUUCCAGUCCUAACCGGUACUAAUUUUAAGGAAUGGAAAGAGAAUGUUCGAAUUACUCUAGGUUGCAUGGAUCUAGACUUGGCAUUAAGAGUAGAACAACCCCCUUCUCUUACAAAUAAUAGUACCGCUGAGGAUAAAAGGUUCUAUGAGAAGUGGGAUCGCUCGAAUCGCCUAAGUCUAAUGAUCAUAAAGCGCGGCAUUCCAGAAUCUUUUAGGGGCGUUGUGUCCGAUGAGGUUACAAAUGUCAAGGAUUUCCUUACUGAAAUUGAGAAACGCUUUAUUAAAAGCGAUAAGGCGGAAAUAAGCUUGUUGUUAAGCAGCUUUACUUCCAAAAGAUAUUCAGGAAAAGGAAACAUAAGGGAGUACAUUAUGGAAAUGUCUCAUAUUGUUUCAAAACUCAAGACAUUAAAGAUCGAAAUAUCAGAAGAUAUCCUCUUACAUAUAAUCUUGAACUCUCUCCCAAAUGCAUUUGAUCCCUUCAUGGUCAGUUACAACUGUCAAAGGGAGAAAUGGUCUCUUAAUGAGCUCAUUUCAUUCUGGGUGCAAGAGGAAGAGAGGUUGAGACGAAAUAAGACAGAGAGUGCUCAUCUGGCUAGUAACACUAAAGAUAAAGGUAAAAAGAGAAAGAAAAUUCCCUAUAAGGAUGAAGCUGGUAAAGGUCCUGAGUAG